AAACGGCAAGAGGCGUCAGAGCACUUGUUAUGCGUCAGCUGAGAGGUAAGGAUUUCAGCAUUCCUCUCUCUCUUUCUCUCUCCCCCUCUCUCUCCCUCUCUCUCUCUCUUAAAAAGAAGAUCAAUUAUUCACUUUAAGCGUCGCUGUAACUUUAUUACCGGGAGAGCAGAGAUGGUACGGGACUCUGCGUUUACACAUCGCGGCUGAGAGAUAAGAUAAAAAAAAAAAACCCUGAACAUGUCUCACUUCAAAGUUUCUCUACCUGUGCACUUAAGAGGGAAAGGAUGCACGGGUUCUGCGGCGUUCGCCGGCUGGCACUGACAGGAAGGUCACCGAGGCAGAGCGGAGCGAGCAACUCAGUCUCCUAUGGAGGACACUGCAGCUUUAAGCACAAACAGAGCGUUGCGAAUCCCCGAAACUCAUUCCUCCUCUUACCGCCGAGCGUUCCGCGGAGCGCAGAGGAGAUGCUGCCGAGCCGCGUGCGAGCGCGGUCUCCUUCCCUCGUAAAGCCGCGAGGAGGCGGCCGCGGCGGGCUACCUCCACGGGUCCCUUUGUUCCGCUGUAGAAGGGAAGCUGAGCCGAGCCGGCACUGAGGAGUUAGCAGCCGCCAGGUCCGGUACCGGGAGACGGAGAGGAGACGGGACCGGCGGGGGCCUCCCGGGGGAAGGGGGUGACGGCAGGAGGGGAAUGGCGUCCGCCGGCAUGCAGAUCUUCGCCUUUGUCCUGGCUCUCCUGGGCAUCCUGGGAGCCACGGUGGCCACGCUGCUGCCCAACUGGAAGGUGAGCGCCGACAUGGGCGCCAACAUCAUCACGGCCAUCUCGCAGAUGCAGGGGCUGUGGAUGGACUGCACCUGGUACAGCACCGGCAUGUUCAGCUGCACCCUCAAGUACUCGGUGCUGGCGCUGCCGGCGUACCUGCAGACGGCCCGCACCAGCAUGGUGCUGUCCUGCGUGCUGGCAGGCCUGGGACUCUGCCUCGCCUCGCUGGGCCUCAAGUGCACCCGCUGGGGGGGCGGCCGGCGGGCCAAGCGGCACUCCGCCAUCGCCGGUGGCGCCUGCUUCAUUGCCGCGGGGCUCCUCUGCCUCGUCCCCGCGUCCUGGUUCAUCAACGAGGUCAUCUCCAGCUUCCUGGACUCCAGCGUGCCCGAGAGCAGCAAGUUCGAGCCCGGCGGCGCCGUCUACGUGGCGUUCGUGUCCUCGGGCUUCCUCUUCGCCGGCGGGUCCAUCUUCUGCGUGUCCUGCUCAGGGAAGCGGGGCCAGGGGGGGCACCGGGAACUGAUCCUCAGCCCCCCGGACAAACUACUGCAGCAGCAGCAACAGCACCAGCAGCAGCAGCUUCUGCAGAACCAGGAGCAGCAUCAGUACUGCUCUCUCCUGCCUCUGGACAACAAGACUGGCUACAGUCUGCAGGAUUACGUGUAGCCCCUCUCCCCUCUCCCCUCUCAGCUCCGCUUUUGCAGGAGCGAGGUGGAGGACGGAUGGAUUGGGGGGGGGGGGGCUGGAGGGGGGAGGACGAACGACGCCGCGGCUCGCGGGGAAUGUGUCUCCGCGGUUACGAGACGGAGGAGGAGAAACUAGAAGAGGAGGGAGGGAGGGAGGAGGGCUAACGGCUUCGGCGGCUCCGCUCUCUCCCCCCCCCCCCACAACCCCCACUCUCUUCAUCGCAGGCGCAGGCGGACGCAGGUAUUCCCCGAGCAUCGCCGCGGAACGGACGGACCGCGAACGCAGAAUGCGCCGGUUGGGAGCUGCCAGCCGCGGCGGCGGUCUGGAGAGUGCAGAGGGCUAGGAGCCCGUCCGCCACACUCGGCGGACGCGCACCGGCGUCUCGUAAAAUCACCCCGAGCCCCUCAAGGGGAGGAGCGGAAUAACUGCUGGAGCUGCGUUUCAUUUUUUCCCCUCACCAAAGGUUUGGAUCAAAAAAGAAAGCAAUCAUUUAGCUGCUAGCAAUCACUUAGCAACCUUUUCAUUUGAGCGCACCGACGACCUGUCCUAACAAGGCAAUAUUAUUGUGGAAGCCAUCCCUAGCAAGCUUUUGUAGUUUUAUAGAAUUACCAAGAAACAUAGUUUCAGUUCUGGCUCCUUCUGUAUUGUUUGAGUAGCUAAUAGAAUGACUCAUGUUCUGCCUUAGCAUGCUGCCCGGUGCCUGUGAAAUAUGCAGUGGUAUGCCUGGUAGAGACUGAAAGGUAGAUACAGACCCCCCUGCACCUAAAAGCUGUAAUGCAUUAUGCUAAAAGUAAUAAUAAUAAGUAAUAAUGUGUCCAAAAUGGCAUGUCAGGAUGCAUAAAAAAAUGGACAGUGGGCUGGAUAAUGGAAACAUACUCAUAAUCGCUCCAGCUCCUCUCUCUUUCUCUCUCUCUCUCUGUGGGACGCAGGAAUGAGCCACACUGUUGCUGGAGUAGAUUUGCCUGAUGUAAUGCUGUAGCUUUUUUGCUUUCACGUUUUCUGCUAAAACGGAAAAAAAUGAGCUUGCCUUCAGAAGGCGGCACGCUGCUCAUUUAUUCCACACACACACACACGCACACACACACAGAUCCACGUGCGCUUAUCACCCUCGUCGUCCCCACUGCCAUGGUAACGGGAUUUUGCGCCCAAAUAUCUCCAUUGUGCGUGUCCGUGUGGCAGCAGGGACAGCGGCCACCCUCCACGACCCCAUUGAGGGCUAACAUCUGCCAUCACCGCCCCCCCGCCCCCUCCC